AUCUGGAUGCCUGAUAUUUAUUUUGUCAAUGAGAAAACAGCCAUAAUACACGAUGUUACAGUAGAAAACAGAUUGCUACAUAUUUAUAGAAAUGGUUCCAUACAGUCAAGUAUAAGAAUAUCUUUAACAGCAAGCUGUGAUAUGUAUUUACAAAGAUAUCCACACGAUGAACAAACGUGUUCCUUACGUAUUGGAAGUUAUAGUUACAGUUCAGAUAAUGUCAAAUAUGAAUGGCACAGUCAACCUAUUAUCAUGAGAAAAGGUCUGACAUUACCAAGAUUUAAAGUGCACAGUGGAAAUGUGAAAAACAGUUUUUUGAAUCUUUUGACAAAUACAUGUGAUUAUACUUGUAUACAGACAGAUUUUACCCUACAGAGACUAUUUGGUUAUUAUAUAGCACAAGUUUAUAUUCCCAGUAUAUUGAUAGUGGUG